GACAGAAGAAGAACAACAACAACAGAACUACAUCACUGUUUAGCUUCACGUGCGUCGUUAAAAGAACACCAAUGCAAUGCUGCUUCUCAGAUGCUGCCAAAACCUAACGAAAUUUGGCCGGCUCCACACUGAAAGAUUUCUUCAAGCGACGCCUGUUGUGGCACCGUGUGCAGUUCACCUCUGGAGCAGCAGCCGUGAGGAUCAGAGGUCAUACCAGCGAGUCCACAGUCCCAGAUGGAGGCCUGUCCUGGCAGGACUGCUGGCUGGGACGGGUGCCGCACUGAUUUAUGGCCUCAAUUACCACAAGGCUGAGCAGGCCGAGUCCGUCCAAGUGCAGAGCAGACAAACUCGCUCAGCUCUUCCCAUCUUCAGCCAAGAAGAAGUCUCCAAACACCGCACUCUGCAAGAUGGUGUGUGGGUCACCUACAAAGGGAGCGUCUAUGACAUUACUGAUUUUGUGGCCAUACAUCCUGGAGGCAAUAAAAUCAUGUUAGCUGCAGGCGGGGCCCUUGAACCCUUUUGGGCACUGUAUGCUGUACACAACCAGGACCAUGUACUGGAAAUGCUUGAACAGUACAAGGUUGGUGAGCUGAGCGCAGAGGAUCAGAAGAAGCAGCAGGCUGUGGAAACAUCAGACCCCUACUCUUCUGACCCUGAACGUCACCCUGCCCUGCACAUUAACAACCUGAAGCCCUUCAAUGCUGAACCACCACCUGAAAUCCUCUCUGACAGCUACAUAACACCUUCUGCUUUCUUCUUCAAAAGGAACCACUUGCCAGUCCCACAUGUGGAUCCUGUUUCAUAUCGGCUACAUGUGGAGGGACUACCUGGAGGAAUGUUGUCUCUGUCUUUAGAAGACCUGAAGACUCAGUUCCCCAAGCACACAAUCACUGCCACACUACAGUGUGCAGGUAACCGUCGAUCGGAGAUGAAUAAGGUCAAACCAGUGAAAGGUCUUAACUGGGGCAUUGCUGCCAUUAGUAAUGCCAUAUGGAGCGGUGCUAGGCUCAAGGAUGUGCUUUUGGCAGCUGGCUACAGACCAGAGACGGCCCAGUGGGCUCACCAUGUGCACUUUGAAGGUCUGGACAAAGAUGUGACUGGGACUACAUAUAGUGCUUCCAUCCCUAUCAAUAAAGCAGUUUGUGAGGAAGGCGAUGUGCUGCUGGCUUAUGAAAUGAAUGGCAAGACUCUUCCUGCUGACCAUGGCUACCCUGUUCGUGUGGUGGUACCAGGCACGGUUGGUGCUCGCAAUGUAAAAUGGGUGGGAAAGAUUGUAGUGAGUGCAGAAGAGAGCAGUAGCCACUGGCAACAGAAUGAUUACAAGGGCUUUUCCCCGGGGGUAGACUGGGAUACCGUUGACUUUAAGUCUGCUCCCUCAAUCCAGGAACUGCCCAUCCAGUCAGCUAUCACCGAACCAGCAGACGGCGCUGUGCUGGAUCGUAGUGUGGAGGAGGUGACAGUGAAGGGGUACGCGUGGAGCGGCGGCGGUCGGGAGGUGAUACGUGUUGAUGUUUCACUGGAUGGAGGACAUACAUGGCAGGUGGCCCAGCUGAGGAGUAAUGAUAAGGGACAAGCUCCUGCACCGUCUCCUCCUCCGGGACGAGCCUGGGCGUGGAAGCUGUGGGAGCUAACAGCUCCUCUUCCACCAAAGGCUCAAGAGCUGGAGAUCGUUUGCAAAGCAGUCGACAGCAGUUACAACAUGCAGCCAGACACUGUGCCACCCAUCUGGAAUCUGAGGGGCGUGCUGAGCAACGCCUGGCACAGAGUAAAAGUGAAGAUCAGAGAGGAUGAAGAUGAGGAGUAGACUUUAUCUUUGAAGUCGAGUGCAAAUCGGAAACAGAAAUUUUUUUUAAGUCUGUCACUCAGACUCUGAAGGAAAA